UUUGCCAAUCGAUAUAUAUUGCUUUGAAUUGUCUUACAUCCCUAAUCUAAACCUUCUUUCCGGUGUAGCCGUCGUCGACGGAGGUUAAAAUGGCCGCACAUAAAUCGUUCCGCAUCAAGCAAAAGCUUGCUAAAAAACUGAAGCAGAACCGCUCUGUACCACAAUGGGUUCGCUUACGUACUGGAAAUACCAUUCGGUACAAUGCCAAGCGUCGUCACUGGAGGCGUACUAAGUUGAAGCUGUAAACUUGUGCAAAUGCCGUGUUUUGCAGUUUUGUAGUUUGUAUCAAAUAAAUUAAUUUUUGAAAUACAAACUAAAUUU